AUGGCCGAAGUCCACAAGCUACCUGGACAUAAAGUCGACGUCAAGCUCCGUGUAUUCAGCCAUGAGAUCCAUUGCCAUUCAUUGAUGUUGAAGCUUGGUUCGGUUUAUUUCAGAAAAUUCCUCGACUCAGCAGACAAAACCCCCUCUUCUGCGAAUGCAACCUUCAAAUACGAAUACGUUACCAUUCAAGAUACUUCUGACGAUGUUCCAAGCCUCGAAGUCGCAUCCAAAGUUGAGGGCAGAGGUGAUAAGCCUGUCGACACCGGAUCUGAUCAUUGGUACAUUGCUGUUAAACAUAUGACUGAUUGCAUCCAAGGUUGCGGAUUUUAUGGUGCGCUGCCAGUCGUUUCAAGGUCAUUGGAUACAGUAUUCUUCCGAAGCCCGAAAUUCAUCGAGCUAAUACCUGAUAAUGCUGGCUCUCUUCUGAAGAUUGCCUACCAACUCAGAAAUCGAACUCUGUACAGGGAAUGCAUGAUUCAUGUUGCUGGUCGGUGGAAAAGGAACCCCUGCAUAUCAGAAGAUGAUAUGGAUCUUCGAAUUCGAGUUCUCGCUGCAUAUGGAAGUAUCUGCGACAAACUCGUUACAGCAAAUUUUAAUUUAGCGAAAUUUAUGACAGACUUUCAGCCAAACGAUACAAGGUAUUCCGAGCUACGUCUUGUUGCGAUCCACUACUCCUCGUCACUCGCCGUUUAUUUUCGGCGUAUUUACGAUAAACACAUUAGUAAGGAAAUCGAUGAGGCUAUAAAUAAGGUAUUGGCUAGUAACCUAAUCCUUGAUCCUUCUAAACUUGGAGCAGGUCAAGGAAGGUUCCAAGAUUAUUUUCUUUGCGCGAAAAUCAUAGACAAAGAACUUCCAUGGGACGAGGAGUAUGAAAACUGGUAG